GAAGGUAUUUGGUGAAGAUCUCAUGUGAAAAGAGGGAUGCCAGUGAAAGAUGACUAGAAGCUGCAGGUGUAUGAACAAGUGAUUGAUGAAGGGUGAACAGGUGGCACUUUGCAACACCAGGGCAAAGGAAGGAGGCUUAAUUUGGCAUUGGUAUAAUCACCAUUGCUAUAUUUCCCCUUAAUGGUGUGAAGUGUUGCUAAGAAUCUAAGCCACAGAAUAAAACACGAUAAAUGUUAUAAAUACUGAAUAAUGUUAAAUAUAUAUAUUAUCUCUCUGUGCAUUGCAAAAACAAAUGUUCCUGCUCCCUGGUGAUAAUCUGUGACAUCUUGGAUUAUUGUUUUGCACUAUUUCACCCAAUAGUUUUAAAUGAAUGUAAAGUCAGAUGGGAUUGGCACCAGCAACCCUCAUGCAGAGGGUGAAGUAGAACAUGAGUUCCAGUUGUAGUAGUCCUGUCCGUCCACGGGCAGGCGCUGUUUAAGGCUGUGAUGUUCUGACAGCGCAGUUGCAGUUAUCAGAUUGACGGGGAGAGAAUGACUUUGGGGGCGAACGAGUAAUCGGUGUUACUAUCAGGAUCAGGAGGAGUAUCACACUGCUGCAACUCUCCAUACACAGAGCCUGAGGCUGCAGACCUGACUGCCCUGAACAACCAGCUCACUGUGUGGUGAGCUGGUGUUAAAUAGAGAAGUGCAAAGUAAUAAUAACUCUUCUGUUUGUAUGCUGGACAGAUUUAACCAGACCAAAGUGCCUGCAGAUGGCCACUGCCAUCUCUGUAGCUACUGAUAAACGUGUCCAAACUAACCGCAGUCAUCAAAGUGCAACAUACAAACUUGACCUUGUCAAGUCACAUUAUUCACUAAUACUACUGUAUUUGUAUUGGCCUGUAUGUCUGAGAGAUUGUUUGAACCCUUAAGAAAGCUUGUAGUAACAUCAUUACUGAGCACAUUUCAUCAUAUUUCAAACAUUGCACUGCAGAUAAAAAACAUUUGGCUUCCUCUACUUUGUUAUAUUGCUGAGGAUUUCAUCAUUUGGUUUUCAGGUUAGAUUAUGCCUUUUUAUGCUUUUGAAGUGAAAGCUCACUUGGUAAACUCAGAAGAGAGAUGUUCUUUCUGGUAUGUAAAAGCCAACGAUAGUUCUCUGAUGCACCAUGGAAAGUGAAAAGUGAGUGGCUUUGUUACAGUCUGCAGCCUCACCAUUAGAUGUCACUAAUUCUUACACACUUGACUUUUAAGGUGUUCAUGAUAAUUAGGACUGUUGACUGUGACUCCUGACAUACAGUACAGUAUCUGCAGCUGGCAGAAGAAGUUGCAGAUAAUGUCUGAAGUGGUUUUGUGAUUUGUUCAUUUAUUUAUCGUGAAUAUUUGCUUUUUCACAAAUACAGCCACCAGUUUUUGCACCCAGUAAUAAUCAAAUGAGUAGAUUAACAUUAUACAUUUGCAGUCUUUUUCUGAGUAUUUUGUCAGCAAUGUAGAAAAUAGGUGCUGCUAUAUUUGUAUUUGAAUGUUUUACUACCGUAGUACAAGUGUGAUAGCCUAUGUAAUAGAUUGCAAUUGAAUCAGCAAACUACUUUUAUUUAACUCUGUAUUAGAUUGAUGAUCAGUGGCUGGAGGUUAACUAAUUGUUUCAUAUUCCACUUAGACCAUACCAUAAACCAUCUGCUCUCAGUUGCUUCUGGGUAAUGUUUUGUACUUCUCUCUGUGAGGGGCCCAGAGCAGCUGUUUAUUCCCUUUAUCUCAUCUGGUGAGUUCUCUGGCAUCUUGACGAGCAGGUGCACGCGUCUGAGAUAUUUGUUCCAAUUAAGAGCAACGCGGUUUUGUUGUGAUGAGGACGUGAAUAAACCAAAAUCAUCCGAGCAGACAUCGUUACACGGCUUCCAGAAAUCGUUAUUUGGUUUAUUAAACACAUAUUAAUCAUUUGCAGCCUCUCGAACGCUUGUUUCCUCUGUGCGCCUCUCAGCGUAGUCCCGCCUCCAGUGCGCACAGGACCUGACGCGCCUUUAAGCGCCGCUGUCAGUUGGAGCAGUUUGGAAAAUGCUGGACACACAUGGGCUGUUCAUUGUAUAGAGGUUCAUCAUUUCCCCCAAAGGAUGACUGCGACCAGUUGUGAUUCUUUAGAGGACUUGCAAACAUCCGGUGCAGAGAUGCUGAGCUCCAACGUCUCCAAGUCAUUGCGCGAAGAAAAUGUCACCAAGAAUUCCAGUUGUGGAUCUGUAUCAGUGGGUUUUCCUAUCACCAUGAUGGUUACUGGCAUGGUGGGGAACUCUCUGGCUCUUGUCCUGGUGUACAUCUCUUACAUAAAGAAGGAAAAUAAACGGAAACGCUCGUUCUUGCUUUGCAUUGGAUCGCUGGCGCUGACUGACUUGUUUGGGCAGCUUUUGACGAGUCCAAUAGUGAUCUCAGUUUACAGAGCGGAUCUGAACUGGGAGCGCAUCGACUCGUCGGGGAAGCUGUGCGCUUUUUUCGGUGCGUGCAUGACAACUUUUGGACUGUGCGCGCUCUUCUUGGCCAGUGCCAUGGCGAUUGAACGGGCCAUGGCGAUAACAAACCCCCACUGGUACUCCAGUCACAUGAAGACGAGUGUCACAAAGCAGACUUUGGCUGCCAUAUGGUUUCUGGUGCUGCUCUUUGCGCUGCUGCCUAUCGCAGGCGUCGGGAAGUACACGCGGCAGUGGCCUGGCACCUGGUGCUUCAUCAGCACGGGGGACAGAGAAGUCCCGGGAAAUAUGUUUUUCGCCAUUACUUUCGCUGUACUUGGGAUUUUCUCUCUUCUUGUGACACUUUCCUGCAACGUCGUGACGAUCCGGGGUUUAAUUGUCCGAUGUAAAACAAAGACUGGCGCAUCUCAGUCCUCGAAACAGUGGGAGCGACUCACCACAGAGACCGUCAUUCAGUUGUUGGGGAUUAUGUGCGUCUUGCUUGUAUGCUGGUCUCCUUUGCUGGUGCUGAUGCUGAGGAUGAUCUCCACCCAAGUGUCCUCACAUGAGUGCAGUACAACCACAGGGAUGUCCAGUGAAAGCUCCAGCAGCCGCGAUGUCCAUUUAGACUGCAAUUUCUUUCUGACGGCGAUCCGUCUGGCCUCCCUCAACCAGAUCCUUGACCCCUGGAUCUACCUGCUCCUCAGGGAAAUCCUCUUCCGUAAGUUCUGCAUUGUAGCUAAUGCCGUGUCCAACUGCUCCUUGGAGAAUCAGAAGGAGAAUCCGAAUGCACUGGAUGCUCUUAACAAGCAGAGCCAAGACAGCAAUAAUCUCCAUAAAACACAAAGUGGCUGAGGUGACCACUGAUGGGAAUGGCUAUCUUGCGACCUUGAAUACAAUGACAGAUUGGACGGAUGGGGAAAAAUGGAGGCAGGGUUGUCUUGGAAGUGUCAAAAAACUGGGAAUGGGUUUCAUUACAGAGGAGGAUAUUAGGAGGACACAUGUAGUGCCAGUGGCAUUCUUAAAGAGAACAGCCUAAUCUGAUUUGAGUGUAUUUGUUUUGCUUAAAACACAUUCCAGUCAAAGUCACCCAGCAGCAUGUAGACGCAUGACUGUGUCACUUCUUGCAUUUGGCCACAGCGUGGCUACCAGGAACUGUCUUAUCUUUACUCUCUUUUGUUAUCACGACCUUUCCAGGUGCGACAAUUGAAUGUGGGUGACUCUAAACUGACUUAUAUGGAAGUGGUGCAUCUCAUGGGGUUUGUGAUCAUUACUUUCAUCAACUUGAAGCCAUUGAAGACAAUUUUUAUUGUCUGUUUAUUGAAAAAAAAACAUGAAACUGUAGAUUGCUUGCAUUGACUUGUAAAUAGCUUUUGCCAUAACUUACAUAAAAUGUAACCACUUUGUUUAAAAAAAGAUCUCUGGUCAUUCAGAAGAAAAUGCACAUCCUAAACUGGAGCCAAUCGUUGAUUGUAUGACUAUUUAUUAGAAUGCUGUUGUAAUAUGUUGGCGAUGGUAACUGUUGGGAAUCAGCUGUUGUAAAAUGUUAUAAUACACUGUAAAUUGUGUUCCUAGGCAACGAGCCAGGGACUGUGAAAUGUGAAGCUUUUACUGUCACCACUGUGUAUUAAAAGCAUUCAUGAUCUGUAAUGUGAACUGACAAGGGUGCCGAAUUUCACCAGCCAAAUCCUUUUUUGAAAGAAGAAAAAAAAAGAUAAUUGGUCCAGUCUCAUGACCAGUAACGUUAAUGUAGAAACAGGGGUGCCCUUUGUGUCCGAUGAAAAAUACUGAGGGCCAUGUCUAGAAUGUCUCGUACACAAAAUGUAAACGAUCGAGAAGUGUUUAUCGCAUGUUUUAAAACUACUCGUACAAAAGCCACGCACAUAAUUUGUUAUGGUUUUACAAAUGUACAGCCAGCUUUAUAGUCACAUUAGAAUAAAGGGUCGAUGCUGCAGCUACAGUAGAUUUUCUUGGGUAAUCCAUCAUUGUACUUUUGUUUUCCUCAUCUGAAAAAUAUUGUCUUUGUAGCUCAUUUCCUUUAAUGUGCACUGUGCAAUUUCUCUGAGUGCUCACAUGACAUCAUGGCACCUUUUAAAUGAGGCAGUUUGCCCGGAGCCGACUAAAUAUAAUUGUUGAGCAGCACCCAGGAUGUGUUGCUUUUAUGAUCUACUUUUGCCUUGAGUUGACCGUCUUCAAAGACACGUAAAAACACAUUUUGCUCUCAAGCUAUGGUGCAAUUUUGUAUCAUCACCAACCGACGACUCUGCCUUCUCUGUGCAGCCACCGAGGGCUUGCACACUCUGCCUUGCCUGGUCUUGCCUUUCAGUGUGAGAACAUAAUCUGAAGUGAUAAUGAUUUGAUCGGAGAAUGUCAAAUGGAAAAGCCUGGUGGAAGGGGGACAUUUUCUCUAAUCUACGAAUCUGUUCAUUUGCCAGCAGAGUGGACUUUAUCUCGUAUUGAUUGUAAAGCCAGUCUGCCUUAGAAGCACACCUUGAUAGGUGAGCUAAAAACAACAACAGAGGGAAACAACCAUUUUAGUUGCACAGAGAAGAUCUUUUUUUUUCUUCCAUAAGUCAUGAUUAUUUUGGAGGCCCGUGUCUCAUUUGAAUAUGGUAUUUUGUUUGGGAAACAUAUGCAGUGCUUCAUUUUCUCUGAUUGUAGGAUGUUAUUCCAGACACAUGCACAUUGUGCUGCAUGUACAGUUGUGACAUCAGGGGCUAAUUCAUGCAUUUUAAGCAGUGAUUGCAUUUAUUCGCACUUUGCUGCAGGACAUGUUGUGUUUACGAUUGAUGCCGCUCACUUGAAUCUGCGGCGCAAUUAUCUCAAUUUUCUUGUCCAGGAGAUUCUGAGAGAGACUCCUGCUUUUCACUGGAGGGACAACUUUUACAUCAAGGAAUAUCCCCUUUGGGAUAAUUGGUCCUAUAUGGGGUUGUGAAUGUUCCAGGGAGUUACAGACCACCCAAGCUCCAUGAUGGAAACGAAGAUGGGCCCAUUGAUAGUGUACACGAUGUUAACAGACAACAUCUUCUGUGACUCUGCAAUACAGUUUACUGUCAUAAAACAUACAUUUUCAUUACAAGGCUACGAGAUGAAAUAUUCUUUUUUUUAACAGUCCAAAGGGUGCAGCGAAGCUUGGCUUAAUUUAGAAAUAGCUCCCUGCUAUAAGAAUGUUGCAUUUUAAUGUGCAUAUUGCAAAUGAGCCACUUUAUGAAAUGAAGAAACCUAUGUUAUUCGAGCUCUUCAUUGCCCAGAUUAUUUGGCCCUCGUGCCUAAUUCUUGUGCUGUGCAGAGGCAUUGUUACUCUCUGAAAACAGACAUGCUGUUUCAUCGUAAAAUGUAAAUAAGAUGUGAGACGCUGUGCUCUACCAACAGAUUCUGGUUUGCUAAAGGCUUUGACAACAUGACAACAAAAUAAACUACAUGAGUGCAAACUGA